GUUUUCCUGUAAAUCCCCAAAUAGUAAAAAUGCUUGUAUACCGGCUUUGUUAUUAGUGCACAAAUUAUUAAAUAUGGAUAUCUUCACAAUUUUUGCUUUGUUUUGUCUUUCUUUUGCAACCAAUAACGGUUUAAGCAUUCAAGAGAUUAAAAACAAGUUCAAAAACAAUCCAUGCAUACCAGCUUAUAUUGCUUCAAGUGGGGACUCCAUAGACAUCAUUGACGAUAGUUAUAUUGAAGAAAAACCAUAUCAUUCAAUCGGGGAAGUUUUAUUCGACAAACAAGCUCAGACUAAACUCGCACAGCUACACGAGUUGGCCGUUUUUAAUGGACUUAAAUACAAAUACACUCUUAUCAAAGAAGAAGGCCCAGCACAUAAAAAAGAGUUCACCAUUCUUCUUAAAUUGGGAGAAGAUGAAUAUGAAGGUACAGGAAAAAGUUUGAAGGCAGCUCAAAAGGAGGCAGCUUCUAAAGCAUUGCAAAAUUCAGUAUUUAAACACCCCGCACCAAAAAAUAUCAACGAUCUUACUCCAACUGUUUUAUUAAACAAUAUUGCCAACCAACUUGGUUUAGAGGUUAAAUAUGAGUUCAUCAAUCCAUUUAUAAAUCAGGUAACACAAACCACAGAAGUGAAACCAAAAAAAUCGUACAUACAAAAAAUGAACGACACUCUCGAUGAUCAACACAUCAAAAUGGCAAAAUCCAUAGACCAGCACCAUAAAGGCCCAUUUACCGUGGUUGUAACGUUGGGAAACGAGGAAUUCAUUGGCACAGCCCACACAAAACAAGAGGCCAAACAUAAGGCAGCCACAACAGCUUUGGAAAGCAUAAAAAUAAAUAAUAUGCAUGAAGAAUCACCCUGUUUUAAAGACGAAAACGGACCGGAAUGCAAAAAAGCUAAAGAAACUGUUAAAAAUCCGAUUUCCAGAAUUUACGAGGCGGCUCAAAAAAAUAAUUUGGUUGUUUCUUUUAAUAUUGUCGAAGAAAGUGGUGCAGCACAUAAAAAAGAGUUCACUACUGAGUGCAAGUUGGGUGAUUUUGUAACUUUUGGGAAAGGGGGUUCAAAAAAGGCUUCAAAGAAAAAUGCUGCAGAAAAUAUGGUAAUAAAUUUGCCUAAUUUGGUUAUGAAUGAGGAAAUAAAUAAUGUUGGAAGUGUUAAUAAUAAUAAUUUGGAAAAAACUAAAAAAAAGAAAAAUAAAAAAAAUAAAGUGAAUAAAGAAGAAAAUAACAAUAUUAAUAAAAAUGAGGAUGGAACAUUCUUAAACAAUAUUAUUGGAAGCAUUUUUGGUAAUAAUGACCAAAAUGAGGUUUCUUCAAAUGAUAACAUUGAUAAUGAUAAUGAAAAUUCGGUUGACAAGAAAAAUAAAAAAAACACAAACGUCAAAUCCAUGCAAACAACUUUAUUGGAGUUGGCGAAUUCCAAGCAAUUUGAAGUAAAUUAUUUAGAUUUGACUUCGAAAAACGAAAAAGACGAAAAAUCGUAUACUUUGUUGUCCAUGGCGAUCAAUCCGACUGUUCUUUGUUUUGGGGAGGGUAUAAAUCCAAAAUCUUCUAGAGAAGUUGUUUCUAUGCUUGGUUUAAAGAUGUUAAAUACACUGGGUAUUCUGGAUGUUUACAUGGAAAAUCUUGUUGUACUUCAAAAUGACCCAAGCGAUGUUCCUGGAGAGAGCAUUAGUGUUAUUUUAAGCCCUGACCCUGUCAAAAAAAUGUAAUUAAGGUAAAACUGAUUAAAUUUAAUUAUCUACUAAAUGUGAUUUAUUAUUAUAUAAAAUAACAUAUUCUUUGUUAGAAAUAAAACUGAGUUUUAC